CUCAUCAUCAGGCAAUCAGAAGGUCACAGCUGCAAAAUCACCAGUAACUGCAUCGGAUGUUUUAGGAGAUUCUAUGAUGGACUCAAUAGUCAUGAUCUGGUCACCGUCGAAGAGCUCAUUGCCGAGAAUUGUGUCUAUGAAGAUCUUAUCUUUCCUCGUCCCUGCGUUGGUCGCAAGGCAGUACUAGAGUUCUUCCAGCAAUUCUUUGAUUCUACCAGCACAGACCUUGAUUUUGUCAUCGAUGAUAUAUCCGGUGAGGAUUCCCUAGCUGUUGGAGUUAUAUGGCAUUUAGGUCAAGAAGCAGCUAGAGCACGAGGUUUUGGCCCGUCAUCAGCAACCAUGCUGAUCACCUCCAUCCCAUCAUCUCUCCUCUCUUCAAAUCCUCUCACGCUCCACUUCAGCAAAACUCCCACUUCUACUCCUCCGCUAACCAUUCCACAUGCCAGUAACAUCUUCACUACUACAUGGACAAGAAGCAUCACAUGGACCCCACAAACCCUGACUAAAGUUUCAUCAUCAAAUCAUCAGACGGUCACCGUUGCAACAUCAUCACCAACAAGUACUGAAGAUGUUUCCGCCUUGAAAUCUGCACCAGAUGUGGUUAAGGGCUUUUAUGAAGGAAUCAACGGCCAUGAUUUGGCCUCCGUUGAGGAGCUCAUUGCUGAGAAUUGCGUCUACGAGGACCUUAUCUUUCCUCGUCCAUUCGUUGGUCGUCAGGUCGCUAUCAGGGGGGUAACCUGGCUGCUGCAGCAAUUUCCUCAAUUGGCUGACCGGCUGUGA